CCCGUAUAAAUAGACUUCUUUGUUCGGUUGAGCAGUAGAUAUAGUAAGUGAAAAACAAGUAAUACCUAUAAAGAAGUUAAUAGCUCGAAGUCGAGGUUUUGUGUUUAAAUUCAUCAACGAAUAUUCACUCUUAAAAACAUAUUUUUCGAAAUCAGCUCUUGGUUGCUGGAGUCGCGAAAUGAUGCGUUCUAAUCGAGAGAAUGUUACUCAAAACGAAUUACAGGAUGCUGGGACGUACUGUACAGGUGUCGGCUGCAGAGUUGUUCGGGGGCCUGAUUGGAAAUGGAAUAAACAGGACGGAGGAGAAGGACAUGUUGGUUCAGUUAAAAGGUUCGAUACAUCUGGAGAAGCUAUUGUCGUCUGGGAUUCCGGGAUAGUAGCGAAUUACCGCUGUGGUGUUCUAGGGUUUGAUUUACGUGUAUUAGAUAGUUCACCAACAGGAUUAAAGCAUCCUGGAACUAUCUGUGAAGGUUGUCACGAGUCCCCUAUUUAUGGGAUUAGAUGGAAAUGUGUAGUGUGUUUAAGCACAGAUCUGUGUUCUACUUGUUAUCAUGGUGAUAAGCAUUCGUUGGGCCACCAGUUUCUACGAAUCACAGCACCGUAUAAGACAAGAGUCAUUGUUGGUCAGCGAACGAGGCAGAGGCGCAUAGAAUCACUGGGCCUCUUUCCUAAAGCUCGUGUUGUUCGAGGUAUAGACUGGAGUUGGAAUAAUCAAGACUGUGUUUUACCCUUCACUGCAUCAAACAGUGCUUCGAUCAUGUUAGGAUCACCAGGAUCUGGAAGUGCUUAUCGAACCAACCUUAAUUCAGAUGAUAAUGGAUCUUCUGACCCUAUCGUCUUACCUACACAAGGUCGAAUAACAAGCCGAAAAGAUUGGUAUAAUUGGGCUCCACGGUCAGCAGCCACAGUUGCUUGGGACAGUGGGGCGCGUAAUGUUUACCGUGUCGGCUACGGAGGGCAAGUUGACCUUAAGGUUGCCAUCAGUAAUCGUGACGGAGUCCUUGCUUUGCCUUCGAGGAGUGUGGCACACAAUGAUUCAUCAUCUAGUGAAGAGCUCAUGUUUACACGUUCAGCCAUAUCAGAAGGAGUUCCGACAGAAGACAAUAGUUCUGAAACACAAUUUAUCGCCAUACAAUGUUAUUCUGAACCAGCUACACGGAUAAAUCGCAGUCACACGGACGACACACAGUCAUUUUUCUCGGAGAAUCCCUUCGACACAUCUACAUCUAUAGGCUUUCAUGACGAACCACAAAUAGCAAACUUUGAAUCAGCAAAUACUUCAACUGCUCAAAGUGGUAAUAAUAGCUCUGAAGAUCUGAUUCAAGCAGCAAGAGAUGGAGAUGUAGAUCGCUUAAGGUGUCUUCUCCAACAUCAAAAUGCAGAUGUAAACGGAACAUCUGGUGGACUGACGGCCCUUCAUGCGGCCUGUGAAGAAGGCCAUUUAGCAUGCGUUACUUUAUUACUACAGAAUGGGGCCAGAAGAAGAAAUCUGGAUUCUGCAGAUAAUGAAGCUAUACAUUCAGCAGCACGAAGUGGAAAUCUUGAUGUUUUAAGAUACCUGAUGAGAUCAAACAUUGAUAGAGUGGCAAGAAUAGUGGAUAUUUCUGAAGAGAAUAACAUAACUGAAGGAAAUCUUGUUGAUUUGGAUGAUAACUCUCUAGGAGCAGGUGACGACAAUAAUCUCUUCGACAGGGAAGAUAUUCCCAAUAUAAAUUCAAGGAACUCAGUACAGCAAACUCCCUUACAUUUGGCUGUUAAUAGACUAAAUCUUCCAAUGGCACAGUGUCUGUUGGAAGAAAUGAAUGCUCUACCAAAUUUACAGGACUGCGAUGGUGACACACCACUACAUGACGCUAUUUCCAGUCAACAUAUUGGUUUAGUGAGACUGCUCUUACGUCAUAAUCCCGACCUAACAAUUUUAAACAAUUCUGGUCAGAACGCGUUACACUGUUCUGCAGUUUACGGAAGUGCAGAGAUUACUCGUCUUUUACUCGAACAUUGCUCAUUAACACCGUGGAUUGUGGAUGAGCCACAACCAGAUGGCUUGACAGCUUUACAUCUUGCUUCACUGAGUGGAAAUUUAGAAGCUGUAGAUCUCUUUUUACAAGCUGGCGCUAGUCCAAACCUAGUUGUUCGUCGUCCAGCUGGUCUGCCUCCAUUAGAGGGAUGUGAUUCAGAAAUACUAGGCUCUGUAUUUACACCACUCCAUCUUGCUGUGCACAGGGCGCAUCCAGAUAUUGUUUGCAUAUUACUUUGUCACGGAGCUAGAGCGGGUUGUCGCAGCGGAGCAGGACGAAGUCCAAUGCAGUUAGCUCUAACUGCUUUAGCUGAAAAUGAAGAGCUUCAAAGUGCCAGUGUCACACGUUUUAAUGUUGCUCUUGUGCCAUUUCUCGCUUCGGUAGCACGCAUUCUCGUUCGAAUGGCUGAUUCCCUGAAAUUAACGUCAGCUUCUACAGGAGUACUUUCCGGCGGCAUGAAUAGAGUGAGACUGCAACAAAACAGAAACAAUAAUGAAGAGCAGUUGAUAGAGAUUGACAAUGAUAACGAAGUGGAAUCUAACCGAAAUACAACAGCUGGCUCAUCAACUCUAACAUCUCCAAGCCCCUUGUGUCGGCGCUUGAAGUCUACAAUCAAGGCAACUCUAAAAACAGGUGUUUCGCGUAAUGUGGUUAUUGCUGCAUGUUUAGCUACAGCUAUAGGCGCAGAAUCGUGGUCAUCCCGUCUUUCAGAAGAUAGUUUAGAAAUUGUCGAAGAUGAUAUGGAUAAUGUGAGCCCCGAAAUGAUCAGUGAAAACUUCUUUACAGAUAUUUUUCGCGAAUGCCGAGAUCCCGUAAUACAGUUAGCUCUACAGCAAUGUCACAUGGAAGCUUUGAACUUCAUGAAAUGUUGUUCAGUAAAUAGUGAAUCAGUAAAUCGUAGUCCUAGGCAUGAAACUAACCAACCUAAUUCUCCCUUGCCUCAGCUAAUAUCUGAUAGUGAUGAGGAAAACUUAGUUGACGCAUUUUUCCAAACUGAUAAUCGUCAAGUAUCUCAAACAGAUUUGAUUUCAAGUUGUUCAGUUGUAGGAUCAAACAAUUCCUAUAUAAUACAACCGUCAAUAAUGAAUCAAGCAGCUGAAAAUCCUUUGAACCAACCAAUUUCUAUUGAGAAUGAACUUAUUCCUGAACCAAAUAACCUACAGUUUAAUUUAUCUCAGUCAAGUAUUUAUACACUUCUUCCACCUACACUUGACGAGAUGGAUUUAGAGUGGCGGGAGUGCCUAGUAUGCUCUGAGCGAAAUAGAUCUACAAUUAUGUUGCCAUGCGGUCACAUUAUAACUUGUGAGACGUGUACACCGUUAAUAAAGAAGUGUCUUUUAUGUCGACAAAGGAUUACAGGGUAUCAUAAAUUUGCACCAUGCUGUGAAUGUAGUCUGUCAAAUGGUGUAGUGUUAGCUAGACCUUGUAGUCAUAUGCUUUGGUGUAAAUCUUGUUUAGAGACAAAAGUUCAUCACUUGGAGAUUAUCCACCAGAUAACAGCUAUCAGUUUUGGUAGUAGUGAUGAUGAUGAAAGUGGUGGAAGUCUAAUUAAUACAGCUAGCAACAGUGUCGUCAACAGUAACAAUCCUUCAUUAUCAACAGCUGUAGCAGCAGUAGCAGUAGCAUCUGCUUCAACAUCAACAGGUAUUGCUACAAAUACUCCUGCCGUCCAAUCAAAUCGAGAUAUUGACGAGUUAGAUCCAUUAUUUGCACGUGAUGUGCCAGCUGCGUCAUCAUUUAUUACAAGAAAUAACAACAUAAAUUCGUGGCGAAAUGUACCAUUAGGUCGUUUACUAUCAAUGAUAACGAAACUUCACAGUUUACUGGAUGAAUUGUUAACCGGAGGGAUUUGUUUAAGCGGAUGCCCAACGUGCGGAAAUGCAGUCCAGUCAUUAUGGCCAGUAAUAGUAGCCUGUUCUGGUGUUAAUCAUCAGUCUACUAGUGUUGCCUUAGGACAAGACAGGAGAGAUUCAAAUCCAUUUACUGUGAAUUCUUCAAACAACAAUGAAGCAAACCUUAUUUCCAAUGUUUCCAAUAUUACAAAUGUAUUGCCUACGAAUAAUUCUGUCUUGGGUAACGUUCAGACGGAAAUGGAAUUAGUUCAGAACCAACUUUCAAAUAAACCACCACACAAUGUGUCUCCUAUGGAUAAUCAGACGUUAAGUGGCUUGGUAAAUUCGUCCAACCGACAGGGGAUAAUAGCACCGAACAAUCAGUUACAUCAAGAUGUGAAUCAAGCUGAUAUACGUGGACGACCACGAGGUCCAAGAGCUCCACUGUGUGAACGUGAGCUACGUAGACUGAAACAUGAACUGCAAGUGAUGAGGGAACAGAUCCGAUGCCCCAUAUGUUUGGAUCGUUCACGUAAUCUAGUUUUUAUGUGUGGUCAUGCAACAUGUCAGUGGUGUGGUGAUCAAGUAACCGUAUGUCCAAUAUGCCGUAGGGAGGUAGAAAGCCGAAUAAUUCUUUACUGAAUUCCUUGAAUUACCCUUAUCCUAGUGAAGCUAUGUAGAGAACAGGUUGUUAAUAACCAGAAGAUUAUGUUAAAUUUGCAUCGUUGUGCUAACCUUCUUUAAAUUGUUUGGUAAUAAAUGUAUUUUGUCACAAAGAAUUUAUUUCGUUGCCUUCAUUCGAUUGUUAGUUAUGUUAGACAGGAUAUUAUUAGUGUUACCUUAGGUUCGAAGUGCGGUAUAAGGCUUUAGCAGCACAUCUCCUUUUCAAUCUAAUCUCUGCAGUCUUCUUCAUCUGGCUUGACGAUUGUCUAUAAGCCUUCAAGUCCUCCUCACACGAUUUCUUCCAUAUCACUCUCGGAUACCCAACUCGCCGUUCCUCAUUCGGGUUCCAUUCGAGGGUUUGCAUGACACGUGAUGCCACUCAAUGAUUUCUUGAGUGUAUGUUCAAUCCACCUCCAUUUGUUUCGCACACAUUUUCAGUGAGAUAGAUUUUUGGGUGGUUCUCUGCCAGAGUUCCUUGUUGUUUAUCUUUUCCAGCUAUCUGAUGUUCAGUGUAGAGCGAAGUGAGGUGCUGAUGAAUGUCUUCAGCGUGUUGGAAAUGCUUUUCGUGAGUGGUGGAACUAGUCUGUGAAUCCCGUGGAGGAACUGGUUUAUCAUUAGUGUUGAGAAUCCGAGUCUUCUUCUGCGAGUAAAUGGGGGCGAAUUUCCACAUUGAUUUCGGAGUAAUGAAGGUGUGUCUCGCCUUUUCAAUCAUGACUUUGACACCCUGAUCCGUUUCGCGUGUAUUUGAAACUCUGCUGCGUAGAUGAAUGAAGGAAGCGACUUCCUUCAGAUGUCUUCCGUUGUUGGUGAUCGGUGUUUGUUGUUGGUGGUUGAUGGUUGGUCUCCCUCCUCAUCACCUCCAUCUUCUUUCUCUAUGUUGAUUUGAAGUCCUGUCUUUGCUGUCUAUUCUGGCGAACGGUUGUUGUUUCCACCUGGAGAUCUGGGAGUUUGUGUGAUAUCAGACAUAUAUCAUCUUCGAAGUUCACAUGUACUAGAGUGUAAUCUCGAUGUGAUGUACAGUCGUCUCCCCACUCGUGAGAGUUUGUUGUUGUCGGUUGUGGAUUUCCUAGCACGUGACACCGUCAUACAACUGAUGAAUGAUGGUGAUAAAGAUUUGGUG